GAGGAAUAUUUGCUGAAAUAGAGAUUAUAGGUACUUUUAUUGUCAUUUUUUCUCGUUAGAUUUUUUUUAUCGUUUUCAAGUUUUUCUUGAAUACUUUACAAAUAAAAGCAAAAACUCUGAUGUUUAAAAAAAGGCACACAAAUAAUAUUUAAAAAGUGUAAUUAAUAAAAAACUAUACAUUUUAGAAAUCAAUAUGUCUCUGACGAAGAGUUGUGUUUGAACAGUUGUCAUGGCAACGCUUCAAAACAUUUAUGGUGGGAAGGGAAUUCUGAGCAAAGAAUAAAAUUUGAUAAAAAGCCACAACUAUCUAAAAGUGAUGCAUGUUUAUCAAGUAACAAAUGUAACAAAAAGUUACAACCGAUGAAAGAAUGUCCGUACAAUCCUAGAAGUGAAUAUUACGUGCAGCCUAAUCAUUUAAGGGAAAGUACUAAGAGUUCAUUUAUGCAAAAAGUUGUGUCCACAAAAAUGAUGUGCAUUAAAACUUUGCAAAAUCGAUUAACAGAUGCUCAUUAUCAUUUAAAUGAGUUGUCCAACGAAAACAAACUUUUAAAGACGUUGCAAAGAAGACAAGAUUUAGCAUUAAGAAAAUAUGAGGGAACUAAUGCAGAAUUGCCUAGAAUAAUAAAUACUCAUCAUGAAGAAUUGAGAAUACUGCAGUCUAAAUAUAAAAAGUUGAAAUGUCAACAUAGGAGUAACUGCGAAUUACUGAAGCAGAAGGAAGUAAAGAUUCUUUUAAUUCAGGAUCAAAAUAAACACUUAUUACAAUUAAGUAAAGAUCGAAAUUUAGAAGAGAGAGAAAGUCUGAAAUUAAAGUUAUCAGAUUUAAAUUAUAAAGUGGAACAGCAAGAGAAAACUAUAGAUACGUUAAAUAAAAAGCUGGCUAUAGAGACUAAACAUUUAAAGCAACAGUUACAUUUAGAGAUUACCAAACACAAGGACACACAAAAGAAGUUGCAGGAAACAAUCAACAGGUUGAAAUCCGCUGAAGAACUUCUCGAAAACAAAGAACAGAAAUUAGUAUAUAAAAAGCAAUUAAAUUUAUCGCAUUCAAUGCAAAGUACAAGAAGAAUAUCUCAUCUUAAUUUAGAAAAUAGGUUGGACAGCUCUGAUGGUGAAAAUGUAAACACUUCAAAAGUCUCUCUUAAUGAUUUAGAACACUGGAAAGACUCUUUAAACAUAAGAGAUAUCGAAAAAUUUAUUGAACAGCUGAAUUUAUUUAAACGAUUAAAUGCAUUGAAUUCCACUUUCACUAAUUCAGAAUGUCCUGUAAUUAAGAUGAUGGAAUGUGAUGAGGAAACAAAUUUACCUUUGGAAAAUUUAGGAAGCAAUGAAAAUAAUAUUGUGAUACAUGAGCAAGAUGCUGAAACGGAGAUAAAAUUUUAUAAUAAUAAUGAAAAUUAUAGAAGAAUGGAUUCAGAAAUUCCUUUGGAUAAUAGAACUGAAUCUCCUAACUUAGUUGAAAGUAUUGAUACAAGUUUACCGAAACUAGAAAAGUUACAUAUAAAAUACUCUAUAAGUGAGGAAUCAGAACCAGAAAGUUUUGGAGAAGUAAACGAGGAAAUUAAAGACGAAAUCAUUAAUACUGCACAUACUGAAAACGAUUUGACAGAAAAUUUAAGAUUUAAAAGGAAGAUUACUUACGAUAAGGAUAGAUUACUUGCAGUAAUGAGGGCAAUUGAUGAUAAUGAAGUAUUAAAUAUGUAACUACUCCUGGAAAAGAAACUUCAAGUUCAACAUAUAGGGAAGUCUACAACAUCUGGAGAACUUUAUACAUUAAUAGUGUGAAAAGUAAAAGAAAUAAAUAUUUAUAUAAUAAAAAUAAUUUCAUUUUAUGAAGGUGUGCUUAUUAGUUUUUUUUAAUUUUUUUAAAUCCGGCAGUAC